UCGAGUACCUAAAGAGAACCUACCUAUAAUCUAGACAUGAUUUACCGUUACCCAAACAUAUAAGAUCGAGAAUCAUGCGAUGGCAACACUGGCAAAACCAUUCGAAAUAAUUUCGUGCCUGCCACAUUGGAUACUACACAGAUAGUAUGAGAACAGUUAGCGGUUCUUUUUUAUCAGCUGGUUGAUAUUUUGAAGUGUUAACGUAAAAUAAUUACACAAAUUUUACUUAUUAAACAAAUACCUAUUUGUAUUUAUUGAAGUAGUGCCUCAUGAAUACUUUAACUAAUGCUGUGAAACAAUUUCGAGUGAAAUUAGCAGGUCAUGAUAGGUGAAUCUGAGUAGUAUUAACAAUGUAAAGAAGAUGAAUUAUGUUCGAAGUCCGAUACGUAAUUUUUAAUGAUAAAAAAAGCAGAAGCUCAACAAAACCAGUCAGGAAAAUGUCACCAUGGUGGUUGUGCUUCUGCCUAGCAUCGUUCACAUCAUUUAAUCCGGUGACAUCUUCGCCAAAUAAAUGUGAAAAACUCAACUACAUCCAGAAUUUUUCAACUUACUACUGUAAAAGCAGAAGCACCUCCAAUCACGAUCAUAUAAAAGUCACCACAUCUCUCAACGAUCAACUUGAAAUAAAAUGCUCCACGUAUAACGAGUCCGAUUACAUCAACUUGAUCGAAGAAAUCAAACUAAAAUCAACUUUCAAUCAAUUAGUCAUCGAGCACUGUCGAGUUCCUAAUUUAUCGUUUUUCGAAUAUCUGCGUAUUUUAAACAUUCGCUCAGUCAAAAACGUUAGCUUUCAUUCAUCCACAGAAUCUCCUACUUAUUUUAAUUCGAACCAUUUCGAAAAACUCACCUUCGUGGAAACGCUGAAUUUGCAAGAUAAUCAUAUCGUCGAAUUAGCUGAGCAAAUUUUCAACGAUCUGGACAACUUGGAGGAGUUAAACCUGAGUGGAAACGAAUUGAAGAGUUUACCAGUCAAAUUAUUCGAACCGCUGAAAAAACUACGCCGACUGAAUUUGCAACGCAACAAUUUUAUGAAUUUGAAUGAAAAUAUUCUACGGUAUAUUCCCGCCUUGACAUAUUUAAAUUUAUGCGAUAAUCAUCUGAAUUAUGUUUCGACGUCGCUAUUCAACUCCGCAUACAAUUUAACCGUCUUGAAACUUUGCAAUAAUAAUAUCACUAUUUUGGAGAAUGGAGUUUUCGAGAAUUUGCAAUUCUUGAAUGAAACCGAUUUGAGUGACAACAAGCUGACCAGUCUGCCGGGGAAUUUAUUCGAUAAAUGUGGAAAUUUGAAAAUCCUCAAGCUGAAUGGGAAUUCGCUUAAGAUGUUGCCAGAUUAUAUAUUUCAAAAUACCAGAAAUCUUACACAAUUAGAUAUCGGUAACAAUCGAUUGGAAAAUCUUACCGAACAUGUAUUCGAUGAUUUAACCAAGCUAAGAAUAUUACGACUGAAUGAAAAUAAUCUCACAAAUAUUCACAGGGAUGUUUUUCACCAUUUGACAUCUUUAUGCAAAUUGAAUCUGAGUAAAAAUCAAUUGAAAAGGCUCGAUCGUACAACGUUCUUGGAUUUGAUUAAUCUUAAAAGUAUUGAUCUCAGUUAUAACCAAUUGACAUUAGAAGAUGCCAAAAUAGGCGAGCUGUCACCCUUCAUAGCUUGCUUGAACUUGAAAAAUAUAAAACUGAAUAAUAAUUUAUUGACGAGAGUGUUUGCUGAUUGGCGUUUGCUGUUCAACAAAUUGGAGGAAUUGGAUCUAAGUUUCAAUCAUUUUGAAGGUUUAACGACAGAAGAUUUCAUGUUCAACGCAUCCAACGCCACCAUCAACUUCAGCGACAACCCAAUAAAAAUAGUGAACUUGGACAGUCUAGAAAUUCAAGUCCUACCACCCUGUAGUCGGUCUGACUUUUUUCUCAAAAAUUUCAGCCAAAAACCAACCCACCAUAAUAAUUUUAUCAUGGAAAACAGCCGAAUACAAUGCGACUGCCACGCCCUAAGCUUAGCUAAAUAUUUCCAGAUGAAAUUACAUCAGGGUGUUUAUAAAUUAAUGAAUUUAUCAGCUAAUGGAGUCUAUUGCGACUCGAACGAUAAUUUGACCGAAAACGUACCGCUAGAUAAAGUUAAUUUGACAGAAUUGAGGUGUCCAAUUAGAGAAUUAUACCCAGACCAAGCUGACAAGUGUCCGAAAAACUGUGACUGUCAUUAUCGAUUAGUAGACCGAGCAAAUAUCGUCAACUGCAGCAGAGCUGAAUUGGAUGUACUACCGACAGAGGUGCCAAUUGUGAACAACUCGAAAACUGAGUUAUUAUUUUCUCGAAAUCAAAUUAAAACCCUGGACGGAUUAUCCAACCUCACGAGGAAUAUUGAAAACAUAACUGUGAUAUCGUUAUCGAGAAACUUGAUAGAGAAUAUUGAUGAUUUAGAAAUUCCCAAGACUCUGGAAGUAUUGAGACUCGAUAAUAACCAGAUUUCGCAUAUAAAACAACAUACCAUCAAUUUGUUCAGACCGUAUGGAAGCCUGACCAAUUUGAGCAUUCAUGAUAAUCCGUGGGAAUGUAACUGUGAUUUGCGACCGUUUCAGAAUUUCCUUCGUUUUCAUCGACAAACGUUAUGGAUCGACAAAUAUUCAAACAUAAAAUGCAAGAAGACUGACACUGAGGUUCGUCACACAUGGGAAGAAAAGCUAUGUCAAUCGCCAUUUGAAAAGUAUUCAUUACUCGUCGCGAUACUCGCAAUUAUAUGCAUUUCAGCCAUCAUCAUAACGUACUACAAAUUCAGAAGACGAAUUAAAAUAUGGAUGUUCGCUAAUAAAAUAUGCCUAUGGCUCGUCACCGAAAAAGAAAUCGAUAAGAAUAAACCAUACGACGCUUUCGUGAGCUUCUCGCACAAAGAUCAACACUUCGUCGACGAACACCUGAUCCCAGAACUGGAGCAAAACGGCAAACACAGGUUUAAAUUAUGCAUCCACUAUCGCGAUUUCAAAGUGGGUCAAUUCAUCCCUAGUCAAAUCAUCCAUUCGGUGGAGAACUCCAAACGCACUAUUAUAGUGCUGACGCCAAAUUUCCUUCAAAGCAUAUGGGCCAGGAUGGAAUUCAGAAUGGCUCAUUUGCAAGCUAUUAAAGAAGGCUGUGCGAGAGUGAUCGUCAUUUUACUCGAAGACGUCGAUCACGAAUUGCUCGAUCCUGAGUUGAAAGCUUAUGUUAUGCUGAACACGUAUGUGAAAUGGGGCGACUCGUUGUUUUGGGAUAAAUUAAGGUACGCUUUACCACAUCCUCAAAUUAAGAGUAAAAAGAAUCGAAAACUUAGGAGAAAUAUGUUCCAAGCGGUAGAAUUGGGAGAAAUUGCUGAAGGUCAGAAAAGCUGAUUGGAGAAUUCGUAGAAAGAAUUUUAUACCUAGUUAUAAAAAGACAUUUAUCUAUAAAGAUAGGAUUAUUUUUUUUUUUGCUUGAAAAUUGGCUACCUCUGCAGUUGAAUAGCAUGAUUUUAUUUUAAGUGAUUUUUCAUUUUUCAUUUUCAAAAGACUGAUAAUUUUGUAGUC